CGAUCGCGGUGUCGUCAGUGCGGGCUGGGCGGGCGUGCGGGCGGCGCUGCCCAUGGCCGAGGGCGCCGGUGGGCCAUGGCCUCGUCCGUGGUGCGGGCCACGGUGCGCGCCGUCAGCAAGCGCCGGAUCCAGGCGACCCGCGCCGCCCUCACCCUGACCCCAUCUGCUGUUCAGAAGAUAAAAGAGCUUCUGAAAGAUAAACCCGAGCAUGUGGGUGUGAAAGUGGGUGUUCGUACAAGGGGAUGCAAUGGACUUUCUUACACGUUAGAAUAUACAAAAUCAAAAGGAGACUCUGACGAAGAAGUAGUUCAAGAUGGGGUUAGAGUGUUUAUUGAGAAGAAGGCACAGCUGACACUUCUAGGAACUGAAAUGGACUAUGUAGAAGAUAAGCUGUCCAGUGAAUUUGUUUUCAAUAACCCAAACAUCAAAGGAACAUGUGGCUGUGGAGAAAGCUUUAACAUCUGAAAUCUCAGGACUACUUCUUUGACUUUGAACAGCCCAUACUAUUAUGACGUUUGGAAGCAGAUGUGUUUCCUUCAGGUUCGUAGGCUGUGUAAAGUGGGGAUAUUAUUAAGAAAAAUAAAUAAUUUUGAAAAUGUAAGUUGUGUGGUAAAUUCCACCGCUGAUGUAGUUAUCCUGUAAUUUGUGAUGAGUUAGGAUCUAAAAGGUAAGAACAGUAAGUGCUACAAGUAACAUCUCUGUACUUCCACUUGCCAAGGAAAUAAAAUCUCACUGUUCUUUUC